AUCUUUUCCCUUCACUUCCAUUACCAAUUUCUCUCUCUCCCAUACCAACUGAGCUCCAAAACCAAAACAAACGUAUCUCCCAACUAAAUCCCUCUCCAUCUUCUGGGGCAAUCAAACAGACGCUAAAAUCUUCACAGAAAAGCUUGCAUCUUUGAGCUUAUUAUUUGUAAAUUGUAAGUACCCAUUUCUCUGUCUUUAUUCAUAAACACAAUUUUAUACUUUUUUUUUCUUUGCAAGCUUGCUGCUUUUUUAUUCAUUUAGAUACAUAUAGUUAGAUAUUUUUGUGUGUUUUAGAGAGAGAGAGAGAGAGAUUGAAAUUAAAUGGGGAAAUCAGGGGGUAGGAAGAAGAAGGGUAGUGCAAACCAAGUUUCAGGUGAUAAUUCAACUGCAAAUGCUAAUGGUGGUGUUGAUUUGGACUCAUCAAUCUUUUUGAAAAGGGCUCAUGAGCUCAAAGAAGAAGGGAACAAGAGGUUUCAGAAUAAGGACUAUGUGGGUGCUCUUGAGCAGUAUGAUAAUGCUCUUAAACUUACCCCUAAAACCCACCUGGAUAGAGCUGUGUUUCAUAGCAAUAGGGCGGCUUGUUUGAUGCAAAUGAAGCCCAUUGACUAUGACACUGUGAUUGCUGAGUGUACCAUGGCGCUUCAGGUCCAGCCUCGGUUUGUCCGGGCUCUACGUAGGAGGGCUCGGGCAUUUGAGGCGAUAGGGAAGUAUGAAAUGGCGAUGCAGGAUGUGCAGGUGUUGUUGGGGGCUGAUCCAAAUCAUGGCGAUGCUUUGGAGAUUGCACGAAGGUUGAGGAUGGCAUUGGGUCCUCGCCAGGAUGCACAGCAGGACCUCCAGAGCCGCCCAUCCCCUGCUGCCCUUGGGGCUUCUGCAGUUCGUGUUGCCCCAAUUGCUGGUUUAGGGCCGUGUUUGCCUGCCCGGCCAGUAGGAAAAAAGCCAACUACUACAGCAGGGGGAUCAGUGGUAUCGCUUAAUAAUAAGCCAGAGAGACCCCAAACUGUUCUACCCAAUGAAAAUGGUCCUGAGUCUAAAGCCCAAUUGUCGAAACUUGUGUUGAAACCUUCAGGUGGCUCUUCAAAGCCUGCCAAUCCAAGCAAGGAUAGCCAGAAGGAACAAUCGUCUUCUUCAUCAGUGUCAUUGCUUACUCAUGGGCAACCUACAAAGGCUGCAAUCCAAUGGAGGUUGUUGAAGCUUGUUUAUGAUCAUGACAUAAGGCUUUCCCAGAUGCCGGUGAAAUGCAGUUUCAGAGUUUUAAGGGAGAUUGUGAGCAAACGGUUUCCAUCAUCAAAGUCAGUUUUGAUCAAGUAUAGGGACAAUGAUGGUGAUUUGGUGACCAUAACUUGUACAGGGGAACUCAGAUUUGCAGAGUCUUGUGUGGAUAGCCUCGUCCCGAAAGACCCUGAAACAGAUAAGGCAGACUCAAUAGGGAUGUUGAGAUUGCACAUUGUGGAGGUGAGUCCUGAGCAGGAGCCACCAUUAUUGGAAGAAGAGGAGGAGAAGGCUAUGGAGAGCGAGAAAAAAAAGAAAGAAACACAAGAAAGAAGAAAUUCUCCAGAAAAAGAAUCAUCAGAAAAGAAAUCAAGAGUGAAGGGAAAAUAUUAG